CAAUGCGUUGACAUUGAAGGUUAAAUGCCGGCGAAGGCAGUCAGUCGGCUGUUGAAUUCCCGUGCGCGCGCAACCAGCAUCCGUUCAUAUAUAGCCCCAUAUAGCCGCCGAUAUCCAUGUCGCCACCACGUCACAUUCUGAAGCUCAGCCUGGAGGAGCAGCGCCAGUUCAUCGAUUCCUUUGACCUGGUGAUCAGCGACUGCGAUGGCGUCGUCUGGCUCCUGGUGGGCUGGAUUCCCAACACCGGACCGGCCGUCAAUGCCCUCAAGGCGGCCGGCAAGCAAAUCAAGUUCGUGUCCAACAACAGCUUCCGUUCCGAGGAGGGUUACAUGGAGAAGUUUCGGCAUAUAGGCGCCAGGAAUGUCCAGGAGGAGGACAUCGUCCAUCCGGUAAAGACCAUUGUGCGGUACCUGAAGAAGAACAAGCCGGGGCAGCGGGUCUACUCCCUGAUGUCCCUGGAGGCCAAUGAAACGUUGCGUAAGCACAACAUCGAGUUCGAGUCGCUGCAAGUCAAGGAGCACCUCACCGCCGCCUCGCUGGUGGAUCACCUGGCGAUUGACAAGCCCGUGGGAGCAGUGCUCUUCGACAUCCACCUGGAUCUCUCGUAUGUGGAGCUGGCCAAGGCCAUUAGGCAUCUGCAGGAGAACGAGGACUGCCAGUUGAUAGCCGGGGGCAGCGAUGUCAUUAUGCCGCUGGCGGAGAAUCUCAAUGUGGCCGGGUUCUUUGACUUCCUGGAGCAUGUCAAGCGUUACACGCAGCGGGAGGCGACGUUCCUGGGCAAACCUUCGCCCAUUCUGGGCGAGAUGUUUAACGAAAUGUUCGAGAUCCGGGAGCCCAAGCGCUGCAUCUUCAUUGGCGACACUCUGGUGCAGGACGUGCAGUUCGGCAAGGCCUGCGGCUUCCAGUCGCUGCUCGUCCUCAGUGGCUGCCUGACCAAGGAAGACAUGCUGAAUGCCCCGGUGGAGGCCCAGCCGGAUUACUAUGCCGAUAGCUUGGCGGACUUUACGCAGCUGCUGGAAAAUAUUAAAAAAUAGAUUCAAGAUCC